AGGCUUUUGAGGACAGGAAGUGACGGUAGAGUGGGAGCCGGUUUCUAAUAGGAGGCGUUAGCGAUAAAGGAGGGUUGCAUGACGUCACGGCGGCCAUCAUACGUUGCAAUAUACCUUGGUCGAUGACAAGCCUGCUACGGGAGAACUAGGUUUAAAAAAAAAAAAAAAAAAAUUUUAUGAGGCGUCUUUGCCGGAUUAACCCACAUAUCGCUAGAACGCUAUUCGCGUGGACUGAUUGUUUUCUACCGGCUCUGGUUGGGCUCCUUACCGGUUUGGCUAGACCGCCUCUACACUGACACAAGCUUGUGCUGCGGCUGUUCUUUUUCCAUUUUGUCCAUCCCUCUUGGCCGGCCUAGCGGGCUCUCUGUGGUGCCAGUCCGGCUUCCUAGUUUCCUCAGCAUGGAUGAAAAGACAUUUACCAAGGAGUUGGAUCAGUGGAUAGAACAACUAAAUGAAUGCAAACAGCUGUCAGAGAGCCAAGUGAAGACCCUGUGUGAGAAGGCAAAAGAGAUUUUGACAAAAGAAUCUAAUGUUCAAGAAGUACGAUGCCCGGUAACUGUGUGUGGAGAUGUUCACGGACAGUUUCACGACCUCAUGGAAUUGUUCAGAAUCGGUGGUAAAUCACCAGAUACAAAUUAUUUAUUCAUGGGAGACUAUGUCGACAGAGGAUACUACUCAGUGGAAACUGUAACACUGCUUGUUGCACUAAAGGUUCGGUAUCGUGAACGUAUUACUAUUCUGAGGGGGAAUCACGAAAGCAGGCAGAUUACACAAGUGUAUGGGUUUUAUGAUGAAUGUUUGAGAAAAUAUGGAAAUGCAAACGUCUGGAAAUACUUCACUGACCUAUUUGAUUACCUUCCAUUAACUGCCUUAGUGGAUGGCCAGAUCUUCUGUUUACACGGUGGAUUAUCUCCUUCAAUAGAUACACUGGAUCAUAUCCGUGCACUUGAUCGUCUACAAGAAGUUCCACAUGAGGGCCCUAUGUGUGACUUGCUGUGGUCAGACCCAGAUGACCGUGGUGGCUGGGGUAUUUCUCCUAGAGGUGCUGGAUACACAUUUGGACAAGAUAUUUCUGAGACAUUCAACCAUGCGAAUGGUCUUACCUUGGUUUCUAGAGCCCAUCAGUUGGUGAUGGAGGGAUAUAACUGGUGCCAUGACCGGAAUGUAGUGACAAUUUUUAGUGCUCCAAAUUAUUGUUACCGCUGUGGUAACCAGGCUGCAAUAAUGGAACUUGAUGACACUCUGAAAUACUCUUUCUUGCAGUUUGACCCAGCACCUCGCAGAGGAGAGCCACACGUGACUCGUCGCACCCCAGACUACUUCCUUUAAACAGAAUUUUACACUUGUACAGUUUUGCCACAAGCAGGAUUUUGACCUGGGAGCCGAGCAGAGGAGCAUUAACUUCAGUCAAUUGAGAGCAUUUGUCACACAUGUACUAUUCUCAAACGGACCAAAAGAUGUGCCAUAUACAAAAGCAAAGCCUCUCAUCUCAACACAGCCCAUGACCACAUUAGAAAAGACCCGUCCAUUGCAUGCUGAAGUUAGUCUAUCAAAGAAAUCCCAUUUUUUUUUGUAUAGCACUACUUGUAGUUUUGUUUUGAUUUCACAGACUGCAACAAAAUUAAGAUGUGAACAUUAACACCUUGUGAAUACAAUUUUUAAACUUCAAUAUAGUAAUAGCUUUCAUCAGCAUGAUUUUGUAGAUAAGGAUAGACAUUCUGGGAAAAACUUUAGCCCUGGAGGAGGGGGCUUUGUAAUUAAUCUUCAACCCAAUGUAGAUAAUUCCAAAGACCAUCCUUGCAUCUUCUGUGACUUCAGAAAUAUUACUUUUUUUAAGGGAAAACAAUCCAGUUUUUUUUUUUCCAUUAUCAUUUACAGCCUGUGCACUUUCCUCCCUCCCCCAGCUGCAUUAUUUGUCUCUUCAUUGUUUAAGGUUAGAUUUGACAGAAUGUUUUCUGUAACUGUUGCAAUCCAAGACAGCAAAUAUAGAUUUUUUUUUCAUAAUAAACUUGUGAACAAAGUACUUACAAAUGUGAAACUGAAUUUGCUUUUCUGUUGUAGAUAUACAAACAAAAGGGGUUUGAACUGUGACUAAGCUUCAGAAAAUUAAGUUUUUUUUGUAGAUAUUUAUUUUUUGCUGAAGACAGAAAAUGGUAUCUAUAUAAAAUCCCCGCAGUCUUUUUAAAUGUGAGAGGUUUUCCAAGUUAUUCAGGCUUUAAAAAUUGAUAGCCUAUAUUUAAAUUAGGUCCUCAAUAGGGAUCGACCGAUAUCGAUUUUUCAGGGCCGAUACUGAUACUCUGUGGAGGUUAGGGCCGAUAGCCGAUAACUUAUACCGAUAUUCCGUUAUAAGUUAUCGGCUAUUUAUCUCCCCCAAAAUCGUGACUAUCGGCCAAACAGAUAAUCGGUCGAUCCCUAGUCCUCAACAUUAGUUCUGUUUCAGAAGCCCACCUUGCUCAAGUUUCAAGUGCUACAGCUUAUUCACAGUUAGCACAAGCUGCAAGUCUGUUGUUAACUCUAGAAUACCUUUAGUGGCAGUGCAAGGUACUGCAACAUUGUCCUAUUCAAUUAUAUGGGACAGUACCUUGUAUGUUUGUUACAUAUAAUUCAGAUUGCAAUAUUGAAGAGGCUGCGCACAGAAACAUCACUGAACUUUAAGACACCUAAUGUACAGAGUGUAUGCUGGACCAACUGCAAUCUAAAAUUGCCUAUCCUAUCGUAAAUUUUAAAUACUGUAUAACUUUUUUAGAUUUUGUAGUUCAUGCUUCUCACACAGCCUAUGGUUAAACAAAAAUGUAUAAAAUAAAUACAGCUCACAGUC